AUGUUUGGCAAUACCCUCAGGGGUCCCCUGCAGGCGCCAGCCAUCCGACGCCUCUUUUCCUCCACUGGCUGGCCAUCUUUGCUCUGUUCCUGCUUCGCCCUCACAGCUCUCUGCGGUACCUCACGUACCCUCCCCGGUCACCGUGACCCUUUGUGCAGUUUCCGAGGGCAAACCACACAAACCUCUCGAUGUCCCCGGAUGCUCCAGCAAAUGCAGAAUCGUCCAGACCAGCCUAACCAGGCCAACUCACUGUUUCUCCGCCCGCAACGGCACCAAAUCCGUCCAUGGCUCCUCCGCCGGGCACAGCCACCGGCAACCACCUGGUCUGCUGGCGUGAGGCGUGACUCGCGACGGGGAUGCUACUGGAGCGGCGCCGUCGACCUUGCACCCUCGCGCCAAACGGUAUCUUAUCCUCACUACAUACGAGGUGGGCAGCUCUCCGCAAUAAUACCCCGGCCUUGCCAAUGA